AUGUCUGCAGAAAGCCCGGGAGAAAAGCGCGGUGGCUUUCGGGCGUUCCUCGCCGGCGCCCUCCGACCUAAGAAAUCCCGUCAGGUCCUCCGGAAAGCAUCGACUCCGAAUCUAAGAGAAGCUCUACCAAGCAAAGAUGACGUCCCGGAAAUGCCUUCACUGGCCCCAUUGGAGGCCCACCGACUCAAAUACCAAGAAGUAAACCUUCAGAAAGAUACACAGCUAGGCGAAAUCCGUGAUCAUACCGCAAUGCUGCAUUCAAUCGGUGUGGGAGAUAUCGAUCCUUCCGACCCAAACGCGCAACUACACGAAUUCGACAACAGACCUCCAGGCGAGCCCGUAAUUGCCAGCUUAACAUCGGACCUCUGGGCCAAGGUCACUGAGUAUCUCAACCCCGCCGAGAGAGCCAGUCUUGCUUUCUCCAGCCGAACACUAUACACUCGUCUGGGCCGCGAGCCCUGGAUAACUAUAAACGUCCCAGAAAACCACGACUACAAGGCGGACUUCCUCAUCUCACAAGACAGACUACUCCCUCACCAUCUCCUCUGUUUCCCCUGUGGCAAAUACCAUCGCCGCACACAAGAAGGCCACGAAAAACUCGAGCCCGCAGACGUAGUCAACCCGCUCUUUGACUGCCCCACGCCCGCAACAACGCCCGCCCAGCACCCCGCCACCGCAUCACCCACGGUCGAGUCCUCUACUUCACCUUCCACCAGCUCGUCAUGCGCGCAUACCGAUUCGGACCGCGUUACGGUAUCCCACCCGACUCCCUAUGCCGUCGCUGGCGCCGGGACGGCUGGUCCCAUCAGACCCGAUACCACAUCCACCAAGGCCGGCUGCUCAUGCGGGUCUGUCAGUGAACAGCGAAUGCUCCUUUACUCGCGCGACGAUUACUGGCCAUAUUUUUCUGUCUGCGCGCAUUGGCGCGAUGGCGAACUCAUGCACGUCUGCAAAUGCGCCCUCGGCCACAUCCCCGUCCCCCGCACCACAGGUGGCCUGCAGGGCGUCGAACACCGCGCAAAGGACAUGUACCACGGUCGAACCCACAACCCCACGCCCUCGCCUCGCUCUGCGGCAAGUGUCGGCCCAUUCGUCGCUGCCCCGAGUGUCCCUCCGAGUAUCUUGUUGAGGUAA